UGCUAAAUUUUGACAGUUAUUUGUAAAAGAAGAAGAACAAACACAUCUCGAAUCGUGUUUUGUGCACGCCGCUGUAAAAUUUUCAGUUACAUUUGUGUUUUUAUUAUUAUUAAACUCUUUUUUAACUCUUAAUUCACAACAUGGAUGAUGGAGAUUAUGAUAAUGAUGAUGUCGGUGGUGAUGACUUCGAUGAUGUUGACGAAGAGGAUAACAUUGAUGAUAUCAAUCAGGAGGAAGAAACCGAUAAUAUAGAAAUAAUAGCGCAAGGAAGUGCAGGAGGCGGCGUACCAAAAUCAAAACGCAUUACCACAAAAUACAUGACGAAAUACGAACGCGCGCGUGUUUUGGGUACGCGUGCGCUACAAAUUGCUAUGUGCGCACCUAUAAUGGUGGAGUUGGAAGGUGAAACCGAUCCACUACAGAUCGCUAUGAAAGAGUUGAAACAGAAAAAGAUACCAAUUAUCAUAAGACGUUUCCUACCAGAUCACUCAUACGAGGACUGGAGUAUAGAUGAAUUAAUUAUAGUGGAUCAUUAAGUUGUAAUUUUAAAAUAUAGAUUUUAUUAAAAAAUA